AUGUCGACAAUACAACCAAUUACUCCACGAAAAUCAAAAAAGAUACUUUCACCAAUAUCACCAAGUACUAUAAAUAUCAAGAAUAGACAGAUUAGUGAAUCUACUGGAUUAGUUAAAUUUUCAUUAUCUCCUAAAAGACAAGAAACCCCAACUACUCCUCAAAAAUCACCAACAAAAUCAGGAUUUUCUAUAGAUGUUCCAAUUUCAAAGCCACAAGAUGGUAAAACAAUUCAAGAGUUACAAUUAAAACAAAGAGAAUUACUAGAUAAAUAUUCUACAAAACAAGCACAAUUACAUGAAUAUGAACGAUUAAUUGAAUCAAAAAAACUUGAAUUAUUAGAAAUAUCAAAAUCUAUUGAAGAAAUUAAACGUCAAGAAGUGAUUCUUCUUGGAAAAGGUCAAGAUAUUUAUAAACAAGCAUAUUUAGGAACACAACAAGAAUUAAAUAAAUUAAGAAUUAAAGAAUCUCCAAAAAGGGACGGUAAUAAUAAUAAUGAAAAUCAAAGCCCUUUGAAAAAACAAGCUUCAUUUAUAAUGAAUCAAGCUCUUGAUGAAUGUAAUAAUGUCAAAAAGAAAGCUAGUUUAUUAUUCGUUAAUCAAAAUGAAGAAUUUCAAAACUUAAUCAAAUCAGCUGAUGAAAAAUUCGAUUUGUUAUCUAAACAAACAAGCAAGUUUUUCAAUAAUAAUUUCAAGAUAUUUGAUAAUAAUGCUAAGAAGAAUAUGAACAGUAGUCUUGAUAUUGCUAAUAGUUCAUUUAAUGUGGAGAAUUUGGAUGGUGUUAUUUAUGAAAGAUCAUUUGAAGAUAAUUCCCUCGUCGUUGAUAUAGACGAUUACGAUUCUUCAUUUGAAUAG